AUGUCGCAAAACUUUGGCGACUGGUUCAAUCAGCUAGGCCUUGUCACCCGCGCUUCUCUCGUCGCGUCGGUGGGCCUCUCCGCCGCCUGCUCCCUCAACGUGGUGAGUGUCAGCUCGGUUGUUCUGACUCCCGAAGCCAUCACCUCGCUGCAGGUGUGGCGCUUCGUAACGUCUGCCUUCUAUCUUGGGAAUUUCUCUUUCCCAUGGCUUAUGACAGUGGCGAUGUUUGUCACGUACGUCAAGAACAACGAGGAGAGCGACUUCAAAGGCAAGACAGCAGACAUGGCGUACAUGUUUGUGCUUCUGGCGAGUGCCCUCUCCGUUGCGGGCCUCUUCUUCCACGUGUAUGUGACGAGCUUCUCGUUCCUGAUGGGGCUUUGCUGGAUCUUCUGCAAGCGGCACCCAGAGCAGGAGCUGACACUCUUCGGAUUCUCCUUCCGCUCCGCCGUGUUUCCGUGGGUGUUGAUGGCGCUGCAUCUCGUCAUGGGCCAGGGGCUACUUGCUGACCUUCUGGGCAUAGUGGCCGGACACGCCUACGUCUUUUUCAAAGAUGUCUUUCCACUAUCGCACAAUCAGCUGUGGCUGGAGACCCCCAUGUGGUUGCGGCGACAGUUCUCACAGCCGACGCACCGCGUCGCUUCCUUCGGCCCUGAGGUGCACCCGUACGAUCCUCGCUUUCAGGCGGCACGGCGGAGCGAAGCCCAACAGGGGCGCAGCGGCUUGCACAACUGGGGACGUGGUCAGACGCUUGGCAGCAGCUGA